AUGGAGGCAUCCGUCCCUGGGGGAGGCAUCACGGCGGCGCUCCUCUGCUGCUGCCUCCUGAGCUCUGCAUGGGCUCUGGUCGACCCCGACGAUGUUCUCACAAAGGAAGAGCAGAUCUAUCUCCUGGUGGAAGCUAAGGAGAAAUGCCAGAGAGACAUAAAAGCCCAAUUGGAGAAGAUCAAAGACACCAGCUGCCUUCCGGAGUGGGACGGGAUUAUCUGCUGGCCGAAGGGCUCCCCCAGCCAGGAGGUGUCGGUGCCCUGCCCCGACUACAUCUACGACUUCAACCAUAAAGGUCAUGCCUACAGGUACUGCAGCUCCUACGGGACUUGGGCCAUGGCUCUCAGCAUCAACAAGACCUGGGCCAAUUACACCGAAUGUGCUCUGCUCUUCUCCUCUGCGAGCCGGAGCCGUGAGAAGGAGGUGUUUGACCGCCUGCACCUGAUGUAUACCAUCGGCUACUCCAUCUCCCUGGCCUCCCUCAUCGUCGCCGUCUGCAUCCUCUCGUACUUCAAGCGCCUGCACUGCACACGCAACUACAUCCACGUCCACCUCUUCACCUCCUUCAUCUGCCGGGCGGUGAGCAUCUUCGUGAAGGACAUGGUGCUCUACUCAGGCGCGCUGGCUGGCGAGACGGAGAAGAUGCGGGAGGACGACUUCAAGGCAGAAAUGGGUCCCUCGCCGGGACAACGGAGCCACCUGGUUGGCUGCAAGGUGGUGGUGACUCUCUUCCUCUAUUUUCUGGCCACCAACCACUACUGGAUCCUGGUGGAAGGUCUCUACCUGCACAGCCUGAUCUUCAUGGCCUUCCUCUCCAACAAAAACUACCUGUGGGUCCUCAUCAUCAUCGGCUGGGGUCUCCCCGCUGUGUUUGUGUCUGUCUGGGCCAGCGUCAGGGCCUCCCUGGCGGAUACACAGUGCUGGGACCUCAGCGCGGGGAACAUGAAGUGGAUUUAUCAGGUCCCCAUCUUGGCCGCCAUCGUGGUGAACUUCUUCCUCUUCCUCAACAUCGUCCGGGUGCUGGCCUCCAAGCUCUGGGAAACGAACACGGGGAAGCUGGACCCCCGGCAGCAGUACAGGCAACUGCUGAAGUCCACGCUGGUGCUGAUGCCGCUUUUCGGAGUCCAUUACGUGGUGUUCAUGGCCAUGCCCUACACCGAAGUCUCCGGAGUCCUGUGGCAGAUCCAGAUGCACUACGAGAUGCUCUUUAACUCCUCUCAGGGUUUCUUCGUGGCUUUUAUCUACUGCUUUUGCAACGGGGAGGUGCAGGCAGAGAUUAAGAAAGCCCAUUUUCGGAGAAGCCUGGCACUGGACUUGAAGCAGAAGGCGCGUGCCACCAGCGCGGCAGGGAGCUGCUACUACGGCGGGCUGGCCUCCCACGCCACCACGAGCUUCAGCGUGAGCCUCGCGGGGCGAGGGGCCGGGAGCACACAGCAGCGGGGGCUGCUGCUCCCUGCCCGUGCCAGCCUGCCGGGCUACAUCCCCAGCUCCUUUGCCUCGGAUAACUUUUUGCCCUGUCUGACCCAGGAGAUGAGCCAGAAAGCCUGUGGGGAAAACACAGUGAGCUUAACAGACCUGAAUCAGCAUCACCCCAACCUAACCAAAGAGCUGGAGACGAUGCUAUGA